AUGGUAUUAGAGGAGGAGGUGUUUAUGCGUCAACCACAAGGGUAUGAAGAUCCUGCUCAUCCAGAGUAUGUGUGUAAGCUCAAGAAAUCAUUAUAUGGUCUAAAGCAAGCUCCAAGGGCUUGGAAUGCUAAAUUCACAGGAUAUCUGCCAGCACUGGGGUUCAAAAUAUCUCACUCUGAUCCGAGUCUGUUUGUGAAACACGAAGGUUCAGAUGUGAUCGUGUUGCUGCUAUAUGUCGAUGAUAUUAUAUUAACUGGCUCUAAUGCAGAUUUGGUACAAAAUGUGGUUGAUAACCUGAGUUCAGUUUUUGAAAUGAAAGAUAUGGGUCGCCUUGCUUAUUUCUUAGGAUUGCAAAUUGCAUAUCCUGCCUCAGGAGGUUUGUUUGUGAGUCAAACGAAAUAUGCUAAGGACCUGUUGCAUAAAGCUGGAAUGCAGUCGUGCAGAGCAUGUUCAACUCCAUGUAAACCACAUAAUCAAAUUUUGACAGAUUGUGGUGAACCGUUAUCUGAUCCCACCAUGUUUAGAAGUGUUGUUGGGGCUUUACAGUAUUUGACAUUCACAAGACCUGACUUGGCCUAUGCAGUAAACACAGUCUGUCAAUAUAUGAAUAAUCCUACUUAUGUUCAUUGGUUGCUAGUCAAAAGAAUCUUAAGAUAUGUUCAAGGCACUCUGAGCUUUGGCAUCAAUUUUACGAGCAGUACUAGAGUAAGUGAUCCUUGGCAGUUGUCAGCAUAUAGUGAUGCUGACUGGGCUGGGGACAUCAACACAAGGAGAUCUACCACAGGUUUUGUAGUGUUUUUAGGACCUAAUCCCAUCUCUUGGCAGUCCAAAAAGCAGGGAUCAGUCUCCAGGAGCUCCACAGAGGCAGAGUAUAGAGCCUUGGCAAACACUGCUGCAGAUAUUGCUUGGAUCAGACAGGUGUUGCAGGAUGUGAAAUUCUUUCUACCUAAUCCUCCUGUAAUGUAUUGUGACAAUCUAUCUGCCUUAGCACUUAGCUCCAAUCCUGUCUACCAUUCCAGGAUCAAACAUCUGGACAUUGACUAUCAUUUUGUGCGAGAGAAAGUUCAGAAGAAAGACUUACUGGUACAGUAUGUCCCUACAGAAGAACAAGUGGCAGAUGUAUUCACAAAAGGAUUACAUAGUCCUAUAUUCUCAAGACAUUGUAGUCAUCUUCGAUUAGGAGAUGUAACAGGGUAG